CUGGAUAAGAUACAGGAACGAAUGCUGCCAACGAUGCCGCGAUGCGCGACGUCAGCAGCCUUCCACAGCGCAAGGCUCGCCGAUGUCUACUCCGCUUUUUUCCUCCUGAUGGCGGGUAUGGUUACCGCCAUUUCCAUCGGCAUCUUCGAGAGGAUAUGGAACAAGCGGAAACAGAUGGGGCAAACAGUUGUGCGCGGUAUACGCAAGCACAAUCCGAUAUCACACUUCCACUUCCAUCAUCAUCACGAUGGUGAUCACAAUCGUCCCAACGAUGGUCAUCCUCACUUUCAUAUUGCUGCCCCGACUGUAAAAUUACGUGGCUACGAUCCCGCUUAUCGGACCAUGCUGCAAAAUCACGCUCGUCAAGUGCAAUCGUUCGUCGGUUUUCAGGAACGUGAUGUUUCUGCGGAAAAAUCGAGAGGUCCCAAUCUGGAGCCGCGUUUGCAAGUACGACGGAGAUCGAUAGGUCCCAAGAGAGCGUCCUGGUCUUCUUUCUCAGGUUUAUCCAAGAGGAAAAUGAAAUCGAUCGAGAAAAAUCCUCCGACCACGAACAUGGAGAACAUCCCAAUCUUUCCGUUUCGCGAUUAA